AUUUGAAUGUGUUGACUGGAAGGCACAGAAACCUUAACCCACAAUGUUUAUAAACCAGUGUUUGAGGCUGGGUGUAAAACCUUCUAAGAUCCUGACGUCCACACCAGUAGCAAACCUUGCACAGACUAGGACCAAGUCUCAUUUGCAGAUAUCACAAAAUUCACUCAGAAUACACCUGCCAUCUAGUAACAGUCAAGCAAAAGUCUUGAAAAUGGUGAGGCCCAGAGACUUUCAUACUACUGUUAGCAUGAGAUUGAAGGAAGAAAAAAACAUCCAACCCUUGAACAAAUCAAAUAGCGAGCAGUCAUCUUUAACAAAUAAUGAAGAAAGUUCGCUUGACACAAAAAUCCGCAGGCAACCAAUCCAACAAGUGGAUAAACAGGAAAAAGAAUCUGUUCUUCCAAACCAUGAUCCUGAGAGAAUAACACCAGAGAGUAGAUUAUUUGAAAUGAAAGCAGUAGGCUUAUUUGAGAAAAAUUUUAAAGAAAGUGGUGCUAACAAAGCCUCAUUUCUCAAGACAAUCGACAAAUUUAUUUCAAAAGAGACACUCUACAGGCGCGGUUCAGUAGAGCUGAUCUAUGCAGGCUUAAAUGAAAUGAAGAGAUUUGGGGUCAACAGAGAUUUAACUUCAUACAAAGCACUCCUCCAGGUUUUUCCAAGAGGAAAGAUGAUACCUCGUAAUGUCUGGCAAGUUGAGUUUAUGCACUACCCUAGACAGCAACAAUGUGCCAUAGAUCUACUAGAACAGAUGGAAAACAAUGCUGUCAUACCAGAUGAUGAGUUUGGACAUCUUUUAGCCGAUAGAUUUGGUUUAGCUGCUCAUGCAAUCAGGAAGUUUUACAGGAUGAUGUAUUGGAUGCCUAAAUUUAAAAAUAUGAAUCCAUAUCCAGUUCCUUUUGAAAUGCCUGAAGAUCCAAUUGAAAUAGCUUUGCUCAUGUUAAAAAGAAUGUCUGUGGAUAAGGAAACUGUAUAUAAUGUAUAUAAGACCGAGGAAGUGGAAGAGUCCCCAGAGGAAGACACAUUUAUUGCCUGUGCCCAGAGCCCCAUGCAGCAGCAGCUCAUCAGACAACACAAGAUUGACGAGCCCUUGUUUGUCGAGGGGCCCUACCCAGUCUACUUGCGCUAUGUUGGGCAAAAGUAUUUUUUGUUAAGAGCAGAGCCUAAUCUCACUGGCAUCAAGAAAGUGAAACAGCAACAGGAAGAGGAUGAAAAAGAUGAAAAUCUAUUUGAAUGGAAGAAUUUCUUUGAAGAGGAAAACUACAGUGAAAUUAAGCCAGUUUUAAGUGUGCAUGAGCAGGAAGACAGCACAAUCCUGGGGCUGUGCAUCACAGGAUCAUCCUCUAAGUCCAGCGUUGUCACAUGGAUCAGGUUGUUGGAGAAAACAAACCCCCUGCUAGCAGAGAUUCCAGUUCUCUUUAAGCUACAGUCUCAUUUUUCAGAGUUAGAAGCAAUAGGUGACAACAGGGCAGUGAAUGAAUUGGUUAAAACGUGAUUAAACCCUUAUUGAUAUUGUUUUAAAUAAAAUGAUAUUUGUAAUCCAUUAAAAAA